CGCCGUGUUCCACAGUAAAAACUGAAACCCACAAAGCAUAUUCUUCACUUUAUUUUAUUUCUCUUCUUUCUUCAUCAUCAUCAUCAACCAUGUCCUCCAUGAUUUGCUCACAAGGCAUGGUUCUCGCCACCGCUAUGGCCGUUUCCGGCACCGUAAUCCUCCUUGCUCUCCGCCUCCAAAAAUCUCUCCCUCCCUCUUUAUUGCCACCUUUGCAGGAAACCCCUCAGUCUAAUUCUCGUCAUCAUCAUCACCCACAAGAACAAAUCCUCCGCUCUUGUAUAUCUCCAGAUGGAAAGAAAAAGAAAAACAAGAAGAGAGUGAAGUUUGCAGAAGAUGUGAUGGAUCCAAUAAGGGAUAGUAAGGAAUUUAGAAGGAAACAUGCAGAAGCCGCCAUUGUUGUUUCAACGAAUUCUUCAGCAUCAUCUUCUCCACCAAAAUUUAUCAAGAAAAUUGGUAGUAAUGAAAGAAGAAUGCCUGAAAAUAGAGUAGCUCUUUACAAUGGAAUUCUCAGAGAUCGAGUGGUUCAUCGCUUCGCCUAUUCUUGUUAUUGAUUGAUUGUACCUCUUUUUUUAUUUUUUGUGCAAAAUAUUUUGGUUUUUAGUCAAAUAGUGUAUACUAUUAAUCCAUUAGUAUAAUCUUUUUCUUUUGAAUACUAAUUAAUGUUAUUAUAAGUUGGUAUGAAGGAGAUGGGCCCGGAAUACCUGUCAUUGGUUUCUGAUCAACUAACUGGAUAUGGGAAUGAAUCCUCUUGGUAUUUGGGAAUUGGGAGAGGAUUCGGUAUUUGGAAUUUUUAGGGUAAAAUCUAAAUCUACUCCAUAUAUACUGGAUUUUGUUCAUCUUUUAUGACAAUGAUGUAUGUAUAUGGAUGUUAUUUUGCUUUUUAUAAAAUAAGUGUAAUUUUAACUAUUUACAUUAUUGUAUAAAUUAUUAUU